CUUUAUUUAUUCAAUUAUAAAAAAAAUUAUAUUGCGUUUGUUUAAUAUUUAGAAAACAUUAAAUAAUUUUUUUGAAUGGUGUCAAGAAAAAUAGCCAAAAAAUUGGGUUCUCGUAAAUUAAGUCGUACUUAUGUAAGUUUAAUAAACGUUUCAAAUGACCAAGGGAUUCAAGAAGAGAAGCUUGAUGAAAAUGUUGCACUCAAUGAAAACAAGAAUUAUGAGGAAGUCUACGAUGAAGACAUGAGCGGAGAAAGAGGGACUUAUUUUCGCGAUGGUAAAAGAAAAAUAGACUUUGUUUUGGUAUAUAUUGAGGAAAAGAAUGCGGUGAAUGAAGCAAAACUGAUUGGUUUUCGAGAUAGAUUUCUUAGCAAUUUAAAAAAAAGUUGUAUUGAAAUGGAAGAGGAAAAGUGUGACGAUAAAGAGAACAUUUUGCACUUUAUCAAAUGUCAUUGUCCUUUUGAAGUUUUGAAAUAUUAUGCAGAGGAACUAUCAUUUAAAGCUCCAUUGGCGCUGCGUCAAAUAAAAAAGAUUAAUUGGUCUGAACGUACGCUAGCAAGGUUUAGUUUACCCAAUCCAUUUUAUGAAAAAGUUCCUUUUCCCCCUCCAGAUUAUUUUACUGCUUCCUUCCAAGCGGAUAAAUUUCAUUUGUUUAUAGGAAGCGAAAAUCCAAACACAUUCUUUACAGAUACAGAGCGAACUUACAUUUGCUAUGAAAUACUUGAAAGUACACCAUAUGGUAACAGACAUAAAGGAGAAAUUGGCAUUGAAAGAUUAAUUACAGAAGAAAUAUUUGAUGCAGCAUACCCACUUCAUGUGGGAACCCAUAUACAACCUCGACAAGAGGGCCCAGAUAGUCCUGAAGAUGAACAACAGUUAAAUCAAAGACAGAUACUUAAAAUGUACUGGGGAACUUGGGGUAAAUGGCUAAAAUACCAACCUCUAGACCAUAUUAGAAGUUAUUUUGGUGAAAAAAUUAGUUUGUAUUUUGCAUGGCUGGGUCAAUACACUGCUUGGCUUUUGUUGCCCUCCCUUGUUGGUUUAUUAGUUUUUGUAUAUGGCUAUGUUACUAUUAAUUCUUCAGACAAUAGAGACGCUUUAGAUAUUUGCGAGCAUGCAAACUGGACAUACAAAAUGUGUCCACUUUGUGAUGAGUACAUUGGUUGUAAAUAUUGGGAUUUAAAAAAUAGUUGUAUGUUAGCCAAGCUAUCUUAUCUGUUUGAUAAUGCAGCAACUGUGUUCUUUGCUAUAUUUGUUUCUUUCUGGGCUGUGUUCUUUCUUGAGUAUUGGAAACGAAAGGAGAUAACUUUAGCAUAUUAUUGGGAUUGCUUAGAUUAUGAAUCUGAAGUAGAAAAGCCCCGCCCUUCAUAUGUUGCACUUGCACCAAGUAUAGAAAAAAACCCUAUCACUGGGAUUCUUGAACCAUAUUUUCCCCCUGAACAGCGUGUACCCCGAAUCUAUUCUGGAAUUAUGAUAGUUUUAACAAUGGUGUCAUUAGUUUGGAUAUUUAUGGUAGGCAUUAUUGUUUACAAGCUGUUAGUUUACAGACCUCUAGCACUAAAUGAGUUUACGUCAGCAAGAGCAUUACAAAUUACAAAUAUUUCAGGUGCUGUAUGCAAUCUUAUAUGCAUCUUGAUCUUAUCAAUGGUUUACGAGAAAGUGGCUUUAGCUCUCACUCACUGGGAAAUGCAUCGCACACAAACAGAGUAUGAAGACAAUUUAACAUUCAAAGUUUUUGUGUUCCAAUUUGUCAACUUCUACUCAUCAAUUUUUUACAUUGCUUUUUUUAAAGGAAAAUUAGUUGGGUACCCUGGUAACUAUACACAAAUAUUUGGUCUUCGCAUGGAAGAGUGUGGUCCUGGAGGUUGCCUAAUUGAACUUGCUCAACAACUUGUUGUUAUUAUGGUAGGCAAGCAAAUGAUUGGAAAUAUUCAAGAAGUCAUGAUACCACUCAUUAAACAUAAAUGGAGAAAAAGAAAGCGAGGAAAGGAAACAACUGUAUUGAAGCCAAGAUGGGAAGAUGAUUAUGAACUAGUGGAAAAUGAAGGACUUCGAGCAGAAUACUUAGAAAUGGUUAUUCAGUUUGGCUUUAUAACUAUCUUUGUGGCAGCGUUUCCAUUGGCACCAUUUUUUGCUCUUGCAAACAACAUUUUUGAAAUUCGUAUUGAUUCAAACAAGUUAAUCUGUGAAACAAGGCGACCAAUUGCAAACAGAGCCCAAGAUAUAGGGAUAUGGUACAGUAUAUUGGAUGCAAUUGCUAAAAUUGCUGUGAUAUCAAAUGCAUUUCUUAUUGCAUUUACUUCAAACUUUUUACCGAAAUUACUCUACCGAUUUACAAUUUCACAGAAUGGAUCUUUGGAAGGCUAUUUAAAUUAUUCCCUAGCAGUAUCCCCACACAAUUCUACUUUACAAACUUGCAGGUACCGUGAUUUUCGUGACAAAGAAGGUCGUUUAACAGCGUUUUAUUGGCAUUUAUUGGCAUCGAAGUUAUGCUUUGUCAUUGUAUUUGAACAUUUUGUAUUUGCGACACACAGGCUCAUUGACUUCUUGGUUCCAGAUAUACCUAAAGAAUUAGAUAUAGCUAUUAAGAAAGAAGCUUAUCAAGCUAAAAAGCUAAUGUCGCACGAUAUCAGUUUAAUUGUCACUAAAUCAGAGGAUGAGAUAAGCGAACAAAACUUGAAAAUUAAAUGACGAUGGAGUUUCUUUUGCAACCUAUUUUUUUCUUUACAAUUUUAUGUAGGUUAUCAUUUAUCAAACUUUAAGUAGGCUUCUUGCAA